AUUUCAAAAUCAAGGAGAAGGGAAUGAUGUGAUAUUCCUGGCUGCUGCUGCUCUCACGAGGACGGGGUUUUUUUCCCUUUUUUUUUAAGGUGUGGGACAACUCCUACUUUCUGCCAGGUUUUGAUUGGCUUUCCGAAGAGGCAGUGUCCUAUAAAUUCCCUUCUCCUCUCUGCUUCUGCCUUAUCACCAGCUGAGGGACAGCAGGUUUGAAAGGGGAAGAUGCCAGUUGUCAGGAACCUGGGCAGGGCUGCCAGCCAGCUGCUCCAGAGCUGGGGCUGUGGGUGUGGGGUUUCCAUCGUGCCCGUUCGGUGCAUCGGGGUCUCCCCGCGCCAAGUGGCCUCGGACGCGAGUUUCCACUCCGUCACCUUUUCCGAGUCGGAUCAUCCUCGGGUGCUCAUCACAGGUGGUCUUGGCCAGCUCGGGGUGGGACUUGCAAAGCUGCUGAGGAAACGCUUUGGAAAGAACAAUGUGAUCUUGUCUGACAUUAGAAAGCCUGCAGAUAAUGUUUUUUAUAGUGGUCCCUUUAUCUUCGCGGAUAUCUUGGACUACAAGAAUUUGCGGGAGAUCGUGGUGAACAACAGGAUAACUUGGCUGUUCCACUACAGUGCUUUGCUCAGCGCUGUUGGAGAAGCAAAUGUCCCUUUGGCCAGAGCUGUGAACAUCACUGGUUUGCACAAUGUUCUGGAUAUUGCAGCUGAGCAUAAUCUGAGGCUCUUCAUUCCAAGCACGAUUGGGGCCUUUGGACCCACCUCUCCUCGAGACCCAGCUCCUGAUCUCUGCAUUCAGAGACCAAGGACAAUCUAUGGAGUCUCCAAGGUCCACGCUGAGCUCAUGGGAGAAUACUACCAUUACCGGUACGGCCUGGACUUCCGCUGCCUCAGGUACCCAGGGAUUAUAUCUGCUGACUCCCAGCCUGGAGGGGGGACAACUGAUUAUGCUGUCAAGAUUUUCCAUGAUGCCAUAAAGACUGGCAAGUUUAAGUGUUACCUCAGGCCAGACACCCGUCUGCCUAUGAUGUACAUCGAUGACUGUCUGAAGGCAACGCUGGAGGUCAUGGAGGCCCCUGCAGAAUCACUGACCAUGAGGACCUACAACAUCAAUGCCAUGAGCUUCAGUCCCGAGGAGCUGGCACAGGAGGUGCAGAAGUAUGUUCCUGAGCUCCAGGUGACCUACAAGGUGGAUCAAGUCAGGCAGGCCAUAGCUGACAGCUGGCCCAUGAACUUCGACGACAGCAACGCCCGGAGGGAUUGGGGUUGGAAACACGAUUAUGAUCUCCCUGAGCUGGUGACCACCAUGUUUAGUUACCUUGGGUCUGACUCCAGGAUUGCCCAAGCUAACUGAAAAUACUUUCAGACGUUUCCAGAUUUCCACAGAGGACCAGGAAGAAAUGGCUAAGUUUAGGUUGUAAUUUUCUGAGCCUUAGAGCACGUCAGUGAUUAAUUUUCGUGAGUAGCAACAGAGCUGGGCGGAAACAUCCUGUAGCUGGAAUGUACUUUAGGUAAAUUAACAUCAGUGGAUGCUGACUCCAGACACAACACAGAUGACAAACACAAAGUUAUUGAACUUUCACACUUCGAAAAGAGCACUUACUCCUGGCUGGUGGCUCUCCAAGCAUUCCUGCCUCUUCUUUGGCAAACAGCGUGGGACGGUGUUGUCCAACCUGGUGUUUCAGGCACGUCCCGCAAAGUCAGUGAUAGGUGUUUCGUUUUCCUGGUGGAGGAUGUUAGGGUGUAGCAAGAUAAGAUCCUUUCUACUCUUUGCUUGCAAAAGAGACUUCAGAAGGGCUACUUCAUGUUUCCAAAUUGCAGGGGCUCGUUGCAAUUUUGGUUUGAAAUCAAACUUUGUUCGAUAGUUCCUAUUUAUAUUUAGUGCUGUCUAAGCAUACACUUUUCUAUAUGUAGGGCUUAAGAGCAGCAUUAUUCUUAUAAAGCUGCUUACAAAUGUGAAGUGGAAUAGGACUUGAAUUCUCAUGAUGCUUUAAAAAAAAAAGCAGGUUUUAUAAGCUAAGCCUCAUCCUGUUCUUUGCAAGUGCCGCUGCCUUCAGUGUAACCUUGGAGGGAGAUCUGAAAUCCGGAGAGCUGUUCCAUGGAUGUGAGUCUGGGUGGUAUUUCAGGAAGGCAAAGGGUUUAUUAGCAGUACUUUGGGUUCUCCCAGUUGUUUGCAGGACACACUGCCUGGAGCAAGGUUUAAAGGUGGGCUGGUGAUGGAGCCUCAGGGUAGAGCCGGGUCAGCCUUUGAAAUCUUUCACGUUCACCACAUUUUCCACGUGCACCAUGUCUGUAGAUGCUGUUUGUGUGUUACUCAUACCCUUUUGUUCUUCAGAGAGGGAUCCAGAAGCUGAAACCAUCUCCUAGCUACAGUUAAGGGCUGUUCUGCCUGCUGAGUUUCAUGCACAGGAGGUUCUGGGAUGAACAAGGGAGUUUUUGUAGGUGCAUACAAGGAAGAGGUGUCAGUUCAAAAGCUACUUAGGAGACUGUGGGAAGUGAUAAGAAAACCAUUUUAGGUAAAACACCAGUUUCCAUGGAUGUGAGUCUGAGCUGUCAGCUACUCCAGCUGAAAAGCAGCCUCUGAGAGCUUUGGAUUUUAUUUUUUUUUUCAAAGAAAAAUUAUCUUUCAUUUUCAAAAUGACUGGAAAUUCCCUAUAGGAAGCUCUCAAUCAUUUUUUUUUUAUUUUUUUUUUUUGCCUUGUAUACUCCAAUAGUGUGUGUAGGUAAAUACAUUCAAGUAUUUUUGUGGGGUUUUUUGCCUACGACUUGUUUGCUCUGUUUCCUGUGAUGGUGCUUUGGUGGUUUCAAGUUUAUUCCAUUCUCUGUAACCCUGUGGUGGUUCCUCAGUUAGUGGAUUAAUCAGAUUUUUGUCUGUGUGUGAAGGACUCUGCUGCAGGGAAUAUGUUUCCUCGCAAAAGUAACCUUCAAAUGAAGAUUCUGUGGUGAAACCUAGUUAUUUUAAACAUUUGUUACACUUGUAUUUCUUGCUUUUGUACUUAUUAUUUCACCUCUGGGCAAGGUAUGUAUUUCCCGGGUAUUUAAACUCAAAGGUAGUGGCCUGUUAUGGAAACAUUUUUAUAUUGUUUACAUUUCUGAAAAAAAGACAAGUUUGUGAACUUUGGCUGCUGUUCAAGUGUAAUAUUUGGCCCAAUGGGCCAGUGAAGUCCAUUCACACCCUGCAAGGAGAGACUGGCUCAGGUUUGUCCCCUGCCCUGCCCAGACUGGGUUGGAUCCAAACUGGAUCUCCCAGUGAACUGGAGCCAUCAGAUGAGGGGCUUUAAAAGAGCUGAAGUGUCUUGUCCACUCCAGCCUCUCAUCAUUCCCACCCUGGGGGCUCCUCGUUGCCUCUGAUCCAUGAGAUGUGUAAAAUAAAGAGCUGUUGAUGGGUCUUACUCCAUUUCCUUCCUUCACUCAAAGUCGUGGGGUCUUGUUCUAACUCCAGUAUACCUGGAGUUAACAAGAGUGAGGAGCAGGAAUGUUCUUUCUCUGAAACACACUGUCCUUGGUGGUGGCAUUGCACCAAAGCCUUGGACAAGAUGUUGCAGCAAAGGUGAAAUUCAAACCUAGGGCAUUUUGAACGCAGGUUGUUUUUUCCCCCCCUGUCCAAAGUUUCUGACUUCAUUUAGGAGCAGCCAUUUAAGCAACUUAAAUUCUUUAAAAUCUGAAAUAAACAGUGUUGCAAUAGGGGAUGGUCUGGAGGUAACUGGUGAUAAUCAGGGAAUGUCAUUAAAUGUGUCUGUCCUGUUUGGAAUUCUGGUUUUCAGCCUGUGACCAAUGAUCCAUAUUUUUUUUUUCCAUGUCUUUUCCAUUAACCUCUGUUGUAACUAUGUUACAGUCUUUUCUGUGUUAAACCAACUUGAUGUGAUACAAAAUGUCUUACCUUUUGCUACCAGUUCGAAGUUUCACUUCUGGGCAGAGACUUCCCUCAUGACACUUGAGCACUGUACCUGUUAAAUUACCUGUUCAGGAAAAAAAAAAAAAAAGGAAAAAAAAAGUUGUUAAGAAUAUUUUUUCAAAUAUUGUAAGUUGUGGAUGAUGCCUACUUUAAUAAAAUCCUAUGCAGAUGUA